UUGUUUAAUUUAAUUAGACGAAAUGCAAUACAUACUGGGCCAGCUGCCACUCACAAAUCCCGUGUGAGAGAAACGAGAGAAGGAAAAACCAAAAAAAAAAGAAAAAGAAAAAAAGAAAAGGAGGAGACACGAACCCAGAAUUAAAGAAAAACUACAGCAAAGAAAGGUUCUGUGUCUCCUGUUAUUGCGGUUCGAAGAGAGGAUGGCAAUGGAAUACGAGAGUAACAAUUGGAUUUGGGACGGGGUGUAUUACUGCCCACGUCUCUUUGGUGGCCUAAUGCUAACGGCUGCCUUGCUUGGUUUGUCUACCACUUAUUUCGGUGGAAUUGGACUGUUCCCAUUGUCAUAUGUUUGGUCAGAUUCAGGGAUCUUCCACAAGAAGAAGUGUGAGAAGAAACGCAUUCGAGUUUACAUGGAUGGGUGCUUUGAUCUCAUGCAUUAUGGCCAUGCCAAUGCGUUGAGGCAAGCUAAGGCUUUGGGAGAUGAAUUGGUGGUUGGGGUUGUAAGUGAUGAGGAGAUUAUUGCCAAUAAAGGUCCUCCUGUUCUGCCUAUGGAAGAGAGGCUGGCACUUGUUAGUGGAUUAAAGUGGGUGGAUCAAGUAAUAGCAAAUGCCCCCUAUGCAAUUACUGAGCAAUUCAUGAACAGUCUGUUCAAUGAGCAUAAGAUUGACUAUAUAAUACAUGGUGAUGAUCCUUGCCUUCUCCCUGAUGGAUCUGAUGCUUAUGCCUUGGCAAAGAAAGCCGGCCGCUACAAGCAGAUUAAACGCACUGAAGGUGUCUCCAGCACGGAUAUUGUUGGAAGAAUACUUUGUUCUGUAAAGGAUACUGAAGGGGGUGGAGAUCAUACUAGCACACUUUUGAAUGGAGAUUCAGGUGAAAGAUGUCAUUCACAAAGGGCUCAGAUUUCCCAAUUUCUACCAACAUCUCAGCGGAUUGUGCAAUUUUCAAAUGGCAAGGGACCUGGACCAAAUGCUCGCGUUGUAUACAUUGAUGGGGCUUUCGAUCUCUUUCAUGCAGGGCAUGUGGAGAUCCUUAAGAAGGCUAGGCAGCUUGGAGACUUUUUGCUUGUUGGUAUCCAUACUGACCAUAUUGUGAGAGAGCACAGGGGGAUGCCUUACCCAGUUAUGCAUGUUCAUGAGCGCAGUCUUAGUGUGUUAGCUUGCCGUUAUGUUGAUGAAGUUAUCAUUGGUGCUCCUUGGGAAGUUACUAAGGACAUGAUUACGACCUUCAACAUUUCUAUUGUUGUGCAUGGAACUGUUGCAGAGAGUAAUUCUUUGUUGCCUGGUGAAACUGAUCCAUAUGCAUUUCCGAAGAGCAUGGGAAUUUUUCGGUUGCUUGAAAGCCCAAAAAGUUUAACCACUAGUUCUGUAUCCCAAAGGAUAGUUGCCAAUCAUGAGGCUUAUGUGAAACGCAAUGUGAAGAAGGCACAGAGUGAAAUGAAAUACUAUGAAGAGAAGACUUAUGUCGCAGGGGAGUAGCUGAUUUAGGUUUCUAAUGUUAGCAAGUUUGGUACAGCUCUUCAUGCUGCCUUAACAAUUCAUAUUGAUGUAGAUGAUUAUAUCAGCCUGUGGAAGACACAGACAGUAUUAUUGGAAGAUAGAAAGAGUGCAAGGCAUGGCAUCAAUACCAGAAACUUCCAAGCCAACGCUUAAUUUAUAUAAUUUUUGUUAUUCCAAUUUUUUUUACCCCAGUUUUCUGAGAUUUAGAAGAACCCUUUAAUAAUUUGUUUACUACGGAUGCUUGUAAACAAUGUAAUCACUGAUUACUUUACCCCUCCCUUGGGUGGGGCGCAUGAUUUUUGUGUGCUUUUAAUUCAAAAGCAAAGGUACUCUGUAUAUUUGCCUAA